AGCUGAUCGCCAAACUUACCAUCGACACCUCACGAAGGUUACCAGCGAGUACUAGUCUGAAAAUGCCAAUGACAGUUACCGUACCUACUACCAAAGUGUAUUCCAGGGUACCCGAGACAAAGAUAAAAUUAAGUUCAACAUUAAUGAAACAGGGCGUAUACUCGUAUGUUCCUGACAGACUUUCACACGAGCCUAAAAUGAGAUUGGGACCAUAUGAAGGACAGUAUAAAUGUAAGGGUUUGUCACCGAAAGAGAGAAUGCAAAUUAUUGGUAAUUGCCAAAAGAGAACGACACGAUAUAUGCACCUGAAAAAUUUGGCUGCUGAGGCCAUAAGAAAGAAUAAAAUAUUCUCAGUGUAUGGUACGUGCAAGACCGUACGUGCCACUUUGGUCGAACGAGGGUGGGUGGAAAAGCUUCCCUCGCAACGCAUGAACAUGAAAAAUAUAUACAGCGGCCGCACACCCAAACACGAGAUCAGAAACGAGCUAGAAACCCUCCUUCUAUCCCAUUUAGUUGAAAAAUAUCCACCUAGUUUGAUAUGGUGCACCAAGGAGUACCAGACACAAAAGGGCAGUACCAUAGACAUGACUAAGGAUUACGUACCUACAGUUAACAGGUUACAGAUAGACGCUGCUUGGACAACAAAGCAAGGUCUCUGCUCGACCAUAAAAAGAAACUACUGGUUUUAUAUAGAAGGUGUAGCCGAAGUGUAUUGUCCGCGGACAUAUAAUAGCUACGACCCUAGUGAAAUAGAUAGUUUCAAGAAUGAUUUUAAAGUUACAGCUUGUACAAGCUUACUGAAGUGGGUGCUGUCAAAGGUCGCCAAUGACCGUCCUGUGUUUGUAUCUGAUGGAACGGUGUCUAUAAAAAUAAUCCUCUUUGCAAUAAACAGGUGUAAAGAAUACUUGUAUAGGAAACAGAAUAUAGAUAUAGACAAAACAGUAAGUAAUGUAACUGCAGGCCAGUGGAAGAGCUUUAUGAAAAAUUACUCCCGUAUAAUUUCAAAGACCGCCUAUUUUGAUACUGAUAAAAAAGAACAAAUGAGUUUAUACUUAAGUUACGCAAAAUUUAUGUUGAAAGAAAUUUACAAGUACCGGCCACAAUUAAGUUGUGAAGGAUGUCACAAUAUUUGGAUCAUAAAACCUGCUCACUGGUGUAGGGGCAGAGGCAUAAGAUUAGCUUCUAGUUUAGAAGACGUGGAUGACAUAUUAAAUAAGACCAAGGCGAAAUACGUCUUACAAAAAUAUAUUGAGGAACCAUUACUCAUACACGAGACAAAAUUUGACAUACGACAAUACUAUCUUAUUACAAGUACAUGUCCUUUAGUUAUAUGGAUGUAUAAGGACUGCUAUUUGAAAUUCAGCACACAAAAAUACAACCUGAAGAACUACCAUGAAUCAAUCCAUCUAACGAACAAUGCAGUGCAAAAAAAAUAUACCAAUUGUGAAAACCGUCACGAGGACUUACCUCUAACCAACAUGUGGGACUCUGAUACCUUCAAAAGCUAUUUACAAAAAAGUGGAAAGGAACAUGUGUGGGACAAUAUAAUCUACCCGGGAAUGAAAAAGGCUAUAAGAAGCAUAGUGCUAGGCUGUCAGGAUUCGCUGAUUCCAUGUAAAAACCGUUUCGAGUUGUAUGGUUGCGACUUUAUGUUAGACAAGGAGUAUAAGCCGUGGUUAAUUGAGAUUAACUCCUGUCCUGAUCUGAAUCCUACUACUCCAGUCACUGCUAAGAUAUGUCCGGCUGCUAUAAGAGAUAUUAUAAAAGUGGUCAUCGAUUAUGCCAAUGAUCCAAAAUCUUCUACCGGUAAAUUUGAAUGCAUUUAUCGACAACCUCAUACCAUACCACGGUAUUCAGGUGGGGACCUCAUAGUACGAGGCUACAGCCUUCCGUCUUCGUACUUUUAUAAAGGAAAACAUAAAUCUAAAGAAACGCAUUUUGACUUAGGUGUUAGCAAACAACUGGACAUAGCGGGGGUCAUGAAAAUGAUGAAAAAUAAGUACGAGAAAGGGGCGCAGCUUGACUGCGAAGAAAGUGAUAAACUUGUAGAGCAUGUAAAGAUACCAGAUUUUGAUAACCAAUGCUCAAACUCUAAAGUGAACAUACCGCCGCCGUUUAUUGCAGACCAUUUGACCGGUAUCAUUGAGAGGGUAGUGUCAAAUAUAAAUGUUCGCACAAGUGAAGAAUCAGAGAAUUUGACCGGUAUAAUUAAGACAGUGGUAUCAAAUAAAAAUGAUUCCUCAUCAAGUGAAGAGUCAUCACUGUCAUCAGACAGUUUGCCAGGUAUAAAUGAGACAGUAUCAAAAAAUAAAAAUAGUAAAAUUAAAUAUAUAAAUGUUCGUACAAGUGAAGAAUCAGACAAUUUGACCGGUAUAAUUGAGACAGUGUUGUCAAAUAAAAAUGUUCCCACAACAAGUGAAGAGUCAUCAGAGAGUUUGGCCGGUAUAAUUGAGGCAUUAGUGUCAAAGAAUAAAAUAAAUAUAAAUGUUCGCACAAGUGAACGAUCAGAAAAUGUGACCGGUAUAAUUGAGUCAGGAGAGUCAAAUAAAAAUGUACCCGUAACAAGUGAAGAGUCAAACAAUUUGACCGGUAUAAUUGAGACGGUAGUGUCAAAUAUAAUCCAAUCAACAAGUGAAAAAUCAUAUCAAUCAAAAAAUCAACAAAAAGUCAAUUCCACAAAUAAAGAGUUAGUUAAACCAGGUGGCAGAUUUAGUCAUAAAAACUGGGUAGUUUUGAGGCAUCUUAAAAAUAUGCUGCAAGCAGGUUCAUCGCCGUCUACAGAAAAAACAGAUUCAAAACCAACCAACAAUUGUUCAGAACAACAAGAUUAUACUGUAAAGACUCUCACUAAUAUGCUCUAUUUCUUAAUCAGAAAAGAAAAGGAAGAAAGCAAAUUAACUAGACAGAAGUAUAUGUUCUUUUAG